UCCGCCCUCUCCACAGACCUUCCUCCUCCUCCUCCUCCUCCUCCUCCAGCCAUCGAAGAAACUUCACAGCCGACUUCACAGCCUUUUACAACCGUCGGAUUUAUGUUUUAAGAUCGGGAGAUGCUGUGAGGGGCACAUCAGCAGAAGUUAAGCCGGCAUGUGAAGCUCUUUUAUCGGCUGAAUCUUGAGACGCUCGCGGGGAGAUGAGUUCAUAGCCCUCGGUACGCCACUAGAGCUUCUCUGUUCUCCUGCUAGUUGAAGUGUGCCUAUCGAUUCAAUCAUGGCUCGUGGUUGCAUCUGCUGCGUUAAAUACAUGCUCUUCCUCUUCAACCUGCUCUUCUGGCUGGGUGGGUGUGGAUUGUUGGGUGUGGGCGUGUGGCUGUCGGUGUCUCAGGGCAGCUUUGCCACCCUGUCGCCCUCCUUCCCGUCACUCUCCGCCGCCAACCUCAUCAUCACGCUCGGCACUGUCAUCAUGGUGACAGGUUUCCUGGGCUGCCUGGGUGCCAUCAAGGAGAACAAGUGCUUGCUACUGAGUUUUUUCAUCGUUCUGUUGAUCAUCCUCUUGGCCGAACUUAUCCUCCUCAUCCUGUUCUUUGUCUACACCGACAAGGUGAGUGAAAAUGCCAGACGGGACCUGAAAGAAGGGCUGGUGCUGUACAACACGGAUAACAACGCUGGCCUGAGGGACGCAUGGAACAGCAUACAGGGAGAGUGGCGAUGCUGUGGUGUGAACAACCACAACGACUGGUACACCGCCCUGCAUGAUAACGGGGUUCCUGACCUCUGCUGCCAGCAGGUUUACCCGGGCUGUGGACGCAACGCCUCCAAUACCUUCUGGACACGGGGUUGCUAUGAGAAAGUAGAGCAGUGGCUGGAUGACAACAAACAUCUUCUGGGAACCAUCGCUAUGUGCGUGUUGGUCAUACAGCUCCUUGGUAUGGCUUUCUCAAUGACGCUUUACCAGCAGAUCCACCGAGCAGGGAAGAAGUAUGAAGCCUGACGUUAGUAUCAUAAAGUAUAGUUGUCACACGUGCCACUACAGCCUUUUAUCUCACAUUUUUAAAGUAGUUUUUCAUAUAGUAUCACUCUGAUGCAUGUUGUUUGUCUCUAACGAUGAGAACCGACUGUAAAGAGGAUGUUUAGGUGUUUAGAAGCGAUGCCUGAUGUAUGAUGUAUGUUAGAUAAAACAAGCGUCGUGUACUAACAUGUUCAAUAAAAGCACUCGUCACAAACGUGAUAAUGUUUUUA